GUGUAGUUCUCUCCCCCUCCCUCCCCCCCCUUUCAGGCUAGUGGGAGGGGAAAAGAGAUGAGCCGCGCAUUGUUUCCCUAGCAGGCAACUCCUCUCGGGCCACCAUGGGCUCCGCGCCUUUGUUUCCCGAGUGAGCCUGCGGGCGGGCGGGCCGGCCGGCCAACCAGCCAGCCAGCCACCUUUUUUCUCCAGCCCCCCCUCCUCCUCCGUCGCUACCGAUCCAAGUCAAAACAGAAGAAGAACCGCCAUCCCACCCCCCUUUCCCGCGGGACAGCCAUGGAUGUGACCAUUUCUGAACUCCUGGAGCUCUUUCUCCAGAGCCCUUUGGUGACCUGGGUGAAAACAUUUGGACCGUUAGGGAACGAAAAUGAAGACAAGCUUGCCAUGUAUAUGGAUCUAGCUGAUGGAGUCUUUCUGAACAAAAUAAUGCUGCAAAUAGAUCCAAGACCAACAAACCAGCGUGUGAAUGAACAUGUUAACAAUGAUGUCAACCUCCGGAUUCAAAACCUCACCAUCUUGGUCAGAAACAUCAAGACCUAUUAUCAGGAGAUCCUUCAGCAGCUGAUUAUAAUGAAUUUGCCAAAUGUCUUAAUAGUUGGCAAAGAUCCUCUGUCUGAAACUGUGCAAAAAGUGAGCAGGCUGUAUUCUGAAGCUAAACAUGGAAGAGACAACUGCUUUUUGCGUAAAAGCAUGGAUGAAAUUAAAAAGCUGCUACUACUGGUGUUGGGCUGUGCUGUGCAGUGUGAAAGAAAAGAAGAAUUCAUUGACAAAAUAAAACAGCUUGAUAUUGAAACACAGGCAGCAAUUGUUUCCCACAUUCAAGAGGUAACCCAUAAUCAGGAGAAUGUAUUUGACUUGCAGUGGCUAGAACUCCCAGAUGUGGCUCCAGAAGAACUAGAGUCUCUCUCCAGAAGUAUGGUUUUCCAUCUUAAAAGGCUGAUUGAUGAGAGAGAUGAGUGCACAGAGCUAAUUGUUGAUCUCACGCAAGAGAGAGAUUAUCUCCAAUCGCAACAGCCUCUGAGUCCUCUAAAAACAUCAAGCCCAGCCUCUUCCCCAAACCCAGCCAGCCGCCUUUCCAAUGAGGACAAACAGCAUCUGUCUGUGGAGCUUGCAGACACAAAGGCUAAACUAAGGAGGAUCAGACAGGAGCUGGAAGAAAAAUCAGAGCAACUUGUUGACACAAGACAUGAAGUUGACCAGCUAGUCUUGGAACUGCAGAGAAUAAAGCAGGAGAACAUAAAUCUCAUGGCAGAUGCCCGCUCUGCUCGAGCCUAUAGAGAUGAAUUGGAUUCCUUAAGAGAAAAAGCAAACAGAGUAGAGAAACUUGAGAUGGAGCUGGUCCGGUGUAAAGAGAAACUACACGAUGUGGAUUUCUACAGAGCACGGAUGGAGGAGCUUAGAGAAGACAACAUAAUAUUAAUUGAAACAAAGACGAUGCUAGAAGAACAGCUGAUGAUAGCAAGAGCUCGUGGUGAUAAACUGCAUGAAGUUGAAAAGGAGAACUUACAGUUGAAAUCCAAACUUCAUGACAUAGAACUGGACAGGGAUACUGAUAAAAAGAGAAUUGAAGAGCUCCUGGAAGAGAAUAUGGUGCUGGAGAUUGCGCAGAAACAAAGCAUGAAUGAAUCUGUACACUUGGGCAGGGAACUGGAGCAGCUGUCCAAGAGCACAGAUCUCUCAGACACAAGGAAAUCUUUUGUCUUUGAACUGAAUGAAUGUGCAUCAAGUCGCAUCUUGAAGCUUGAAAAAGACAACCAGAGCUUGCAAAAUAUCAUCCAGGAGCUGAGGGAUGCAUCUGUAACUACUGAAGAGAAUAGUCUCAGAUUUGUGGAAAUGAAGAAUGAGAAUCAACAGCUUGGACAGAAAAUUGAGAAACUGCAAAACCAGAUUGAAAGAGAGAAGCAAAGUAAUCAAGACUUGGAGACUUUAAGUGAGGAACUCCUGAAAGAAAAGGAAGAGCUUCAGGAGAAGAUGGAGACCUUGAAGGCAGACAAAGAGAGACAGAUAAAAGACUUGGAAAAAGAAAAGGACCACCUCAACCGAGUAGUUUUGUCUCUGAGGCAGCGAUCUCAAGUCAGUAGUGAGGCAAGGAUGAAAGACAUUGAAAUGGAAAACAAAAUACUACAUGAGACAGUUACAGAGACUAGCAGUAAACUCAGCAAGCUAGAAUUUGAGAAGAAGCAGUUGCAGAAGGACUUUGAGCAAGUUAAAGAAAAAGUGGAGAGAGUAGAAGAAAUGGACAAAGAACUUCAUCGUCUGGAGAGGGAGAAUGAACAGCUCACAAAGAAAGUUGCAGCUAUGAAAAUUACCACAGAGAAAGUGGAGGUGCUUGAACAAGAAAAUGGUAAUCUGGAAACAGAGAAUAGAAAGUUGAAAAAAUCUCUAGAUACUUUGCAUAAUGUUUCUGUCCGACUGGAGAGCCUGGAAAAGGACAACAAAGAAUUAGAUGAAGAGAACCUGGAACUGAGGAGAAUGGUAGAGACGAUGAGAUUUACCAGCGUGAAAAUGGCCCAGAUUGAGGCAGAAAAUAAAGAGUUGGAAAGGGAAAAAGAGGAGCUUAGGAAAAAUGUAGAAAUGUUAAAGGUUUUGAUCAAGAAAUCCGAAAGGUUGGAGCUGAGUUAUCAGAGUGUGAAUGCAGAAAAUGAAAGACUCCAACAGAUUGUGGAGAAUAAUGGCAAGAAGAUCCAGGAGUUGGAGAAAGAACUGCAGGGUGCUGAAAGUGAAAAUCAAACCCUCCAGAGAAAGCUAGAGGAGCUGAAAGUCUCAAACAGGCGGAUGGAGUGGUUGGAAAAGGAGAAGAAACUAUUGGAACAAGAGACGUCUCAAUUGGAUAAAGACAAGAAGGUGCUGGAGAGGGAGGCCAAAAAACUUUGGCAGCAGGUGGAGCUGAAAGAUGCAAAUCUGGAUGAGAAUAGUAUCAGACUAGCAACAAUGGAGAAGGAAAACAAGACACUAGAAAGAGAAGUUGCUAGAUGUAAAGAUUCGUUGAAUAAGGUGAAAGAAUUAGAAAAAGAAAAUAAAGACCUUCUCAAGCAAGUUACCAUUGAUAAGAGAACACUAACAACAUUGAGAGAGGAUUUGGUUCUUGAGAAAUUAAAGAGUCAGAGGUUGUCUGAUGAUAUGGACAAACUGGACCAGGAACUACAGAAGAUUGGAUUAAAUAAGGAGUUACUCCUACAGGAUGAUAACAGCAAUGAUGACAAGGCGUAUAAGAUCUUGGAAAGCAAAACUGAGUGUGUCCUAAAGAGAACACUAGCCAAUAAAGAAGAGAAAAUUGCUUUAUUGGAGACUCAAAUACAGGACUUUCUUAACUUAAAUCAUCAGUUACAGAAUGAAUUAAAUAUGGUAAGAAAGGAUUUUGAAGGUCUCAAGAAGAAGCAAGAGAAUGGAAAGAAUCUGCAGAAUUCAUCAGAACAGCCUAAUGAAAAUGUCAUUUCCAUUCAUCAGGCAAAAGGGAAAUGGGAAGAAGAUCACAAAGAAGCAACAAUGGAACUUUUGAAAGUGAAUGACAGAGCUAUAGAACUGGAAAGGAAUAAUGCAGCCCUGCAGGCAGAGAAGCAGCUUCUGAAGGAACAGCUCAGACAUUUGGAAACUCAGAAUGGCUCCUUCAGCAAUCAGAUCCUGACACUGCAGAAGCAUAAUGCGUUCCUUCAAGAACACAACACAGCAAUGCAAACGCAAACAGCCAAACUCCAGGUAGAGAAUUCAACCUUAAAUUCCCAGAGCGCCUCCUUGAUGGCACAGAACACUUUGCUCCAAAACCAGCAGCUGGCCAAGGAGAAUGAAUAUGACAACCUGCUGAAGCAGAAAGAACAGCUCAAAGCGCAAUACGAGUCCCUCCUCCAAGACCAUGAGCAACUGACAUCGUUGCACGAGCGGCAGUCGACGGAGUACGAAACACUGAUCCAGCAGCACAGCUGCCUCAAAGCUCUGCACAAAAAUCUUGACCUGGAACACAAAGAUCUAGGAGAAAGAUAUAACAGCUUGAUACAACACAAAGCCAAACUGGAAGAACUAGAGAUGUUUUUACAAUCAGAAAAAGAUAUUUUACAGCAGGAAAAAAGAGCAAGCACUAUAAUGGCAUCAGAGAAUCAGAAGCUGAGAGAAGAACUAGAAAGGGUGAAUUUUUUAAAUAGCAAGCUCAAGGCAGAGUAUGAAGGGCUUCAUAUCCACACCAAGGAAUUGAAAACCUCCCUGAAUAAUUCCCAGCUAGAAUUGAACCGAUGGCAGGCUCGCUAUGAUGAAUUGAAAGAGCAGCAUCAGACUAUGGACAUCUCCUUGACCAAAUUGGACAACCACUGUGAGCUGCUUGCUCGACUGAAAGGGAACUUGGAAGAAGAGAAUCACCAUCUCUUGAGCCAGAUCCAGAUGCUGAGCCAGCAGAACCAAAUGUUGUUGGAGCAGAACAUGGAGAACAAGGAGCAAUAUCAUGAGGAGCAGAAGCAAUAUAUUGAUAAACUAAACGCCUUAAGAAGACAUAAAGAAAAACUGGAGGAGAAGAUAAUGGAUCAAUAUAAGUUUUAUGAUCCAGCUCCAAAAAAGAAAAACCAUUGGAUAGCAGCUAAAGCCUUGGUUAAACUCAUAAAGCCUAAGAAAGAGGCUGCAAGAGAACAACUGAAAUCGUCAGCAGAGAGCCCUCCGUGGCAUUCAGAGAGCGCAGAGAUGGCCGGAUCACCGUCUCCCUUGCAACUGCCGAAGCAGCAGGAGAGUCUGGAGGGCACCUCGACAGAGUCCGGUUCCAUGGAGGGCAGGGAGCAUAAUAAUGGGCCUGCCAGCAAAGUAGAUUCAAAGCGGAAGAGAAUUUCCCAUUACGGAGGCAGCAUUGACCACAUUGAAAAUGCAACCGACUCGACUCUCAAGCAGUGCCAUGUGGAGCCAAGUUCCAGGACCUCUUCUGUCUCUGCCACCUUCUUGGCUGCUUCUGGUUCUGCUGCUCCCUCAAGACUACAAAACAGACCCAAAGGCCAUAAUUCAGAGGGCGAUCUAUAUGAAGACUUCCCUGAGGGAGAGCUUUCAAGCAAGCAGCACAAGUCCAGGCCCAACAGCUUAGAAAAUAGUGAAAAUGCAUCCACCAGCAGUUCCCCUCUAAACUUGAAAGGACCUUUCGAACAUAUUCGUGGCAGAUCAGAGAGUUUUAGCAGUGAAGACAUGGUGCUAAGUAGAGUCACGCCUAGUUACUCUAGAGAUGGCCUAUUCUCUCCCAUCUCUUCAGCUGUUGUGGGCUCCAGCACAAAGCUCAAUGCCUCACUUACUAGAAAUGGCUUCUCUUCAUAUGAUAUACCUCAGAAAAGCAUCCAAACACAACCGCAAUCUGUUAGGCACCGAUCUGCUUCUCCGGGAAGUGAAAUGGUGACCUUGGAGGAAUUCCUUGAAGAAAGCAACAGCUUGUCUCCACCAAAUGAGAUUUCAACCAGAGAUGACUUGGUGAGUGACUAUUUCAGAAAAGCAAGUGAACAUCCCUCUGUUGGCAACCAUUUUUCUCAGGCAAAUCGGAAGGAGGCAACAAAGACGCCUACCAGCUAUGUCACUCCAACGGUUAAGGUGCCUGGGACUGAGGAAGAUGGAAGACUUGCUAAGCCAGGCCACUAUGUCAAACCAAACCUUAGGCCAACAGAAUCAGAAUUUGUGGCAAACCCCUCAGGUGCCUACAAGCUCCCCCCUGCAUCUCAUAAUCAACCCAGCAAGGCAUCAAGGCAGACAGCCCAGGCUCAGCCAUGCAGUACUGCUAGCAGACAGAGCACUUCUCUGAAUCGUACCUUCAGUUUAGCUUCAGCAGACCUCCUCAGAGCUACCGGCCCAGAGGUAUACAGACGUUAUGAUAGCCUUCCGAAGCCUGUGACAGCUGAUACCCAAAUACGAAAGGACUCCAGCAGCCAGCAUUCCCACCUCUCUUUAGCCGCUGGCUCUCAGGUCUCUCUGAGAGAGAGGCCUCAGUCUGCGAAAGUGGCAAGUUCUUUACAAAGUGUUGAUUCUCGCUGUCGACAGCUUGAUGUUAGGCGCCUCUCACUGGCACCUCCAAAAGAUGAGAGAUUGCUCUUGUUCCCACCAUGUUCCCACUCCCCCACUGCUUUGAAGGAUGAUGCGAACAUUCAGGCACCGGAACGAGCAAAGACAAGUGUGGAGCAGCCUUCUUCCCCUCCUCAAUACACUGCUUCUAAAAUGAAAGCCAAGCCAACCUCACGGUCUGGGGAGGUGGCUACAGUAACUCCUGUUAGAGUUGUCUCCAGCGGUUCUGAGGGGAGUAGUCCCCAAGUACCAGUUUCAAGCGACACUUCCUUUGCCAAAUGCCAGAGGCAGUCACCAGAAAAUAACAGUUUAGUAGGAGGCACUGAGGAUGCAAACAGAGGGGUCAGUUCCAAAAACCCUUCAACAUCACCAGACGCCCAUGGUGAUCAGCAGACUGUUUGGUAUGAAUAUGGCUGUGUGUGAUACUUUUUCUCACCCUCCACUUCUGUUCCCUAAGGGAGAUAUAAAUUUGUGUUUCACUACUGAAAACUUGAAAUGAUAGUAUCUCUAAACACAAAACCACCUAUGUGUUGUCUUAAUUGUCUUCUAGAUGCUUACAGUGUACUGCGACAAACUGCAUUGAUACUCAAGAAGAGAAAGACUGACUUGCCAAAUAUGGCUGCGCUUGUGCCUAGAAGAUCACAUGAACAAUUUAAACAGGUCCUCUUCUUCCUGCCCUCUCCCGAAUCAAGGAAUUUGAAAUUUAAUUCUUGGAAGCAUCAAGUUCUCACCAUUUGCUUCCUUUCUUAAAAAAAACACUGUUCUUUAUUAAUUGUUGAAUUGUGUACAUGUAUGUGCAUUUGACUACUGAACUUUAAACCUUACUGAAACAUUACUUAGUUCAGCCGAGGCUUCCCUCUUUAAAAUGCCAGUUUUUUUUUUACUUAUCUGCAAGUCUCUUCUUGGGUCUCGUUGAAACAGCUGCUCUUUGAAAAGAAGAUGACUAGCACACAAGGCAGGGUAAAGAACAUGCUCCUCCUGAUGUUGUUGGACUGAAGUUCCCCUCAAUUCUAGAUAACAUAGCCUGUCUUGAGGGAGAAUGGGAGUCACAGUGCAAUGACAUCAGGACAUACUUGCCCCACAUCUCACAUUUGCUUCAGCCCCCUCAGUCUGGUGACCACCCAUCUUUAACUUGCCUAUUAAAUGUCUUGUUCUUUGUGCGUUUUUGUUUGAUUGUUUGUUUGUUUGUUUGCUGCACUGUGGUGCAGUAGAGGUGCUGCCUUUUGAUAAGUCCUUUAUGUUUUGUCAAUAAAAACAAGAGAAACACUGGAACUGAUUGCACCCUUAUUGUGGGUCAGUGUCUCCCUUCAAAUGAGGGCUCACCAGGCAACUGGCAUUUGUUUUUUCUACUACUGUAUUCAUUAGGUUGCAUUAAAAGUGAUUCUCUUUCUCCUAGAAAACAGUUACUGUCAUUUUCCUUGCCUCAAAAUGUAGAGUUGCUUGUAUCCUAUACGAUACAUAGCAGAUUAAUUUUAUGACAUUGGCGCUGCUGCCUUCCUCAGACUAGUUUGUCCACUUGGAACACAUUGAAUCAUUGAGGAUUUCAGGCCUGGGUUCUGACUCGGUCAGUUGGAUCUGUGUAGAAACCAAAAUGCAUUUCUAUGCACAUUAAAGAAAUGCUUUUAAAAAUCCUAUUUAUGCCCAGAUGAAGUCUUUUCACUUCAUGGGGUUUGUUGACUGCUUAUGUAUAUCUUGUGCGUUUUUUGCUUGUAAAAGAGGCAUUUUCUUUAUAACAGAUUAAUGGAAUUGUAAAACUUCUCUUGAUUUUGUGAUUUAUUAUAGUGAGAGAACACAUAUUCUGUAACAGUUGCACAUGACCAAUGACUAGUGUGUGUCAUAGCGUGUACCAAUCACAUUGUGAGAAAAGUCAGGUUGUCUACAAUAAAGGAUUUUUAAAAUACA